GCGUGUUGUAUUAUAUUAAUCGUCAUCCAAUGACAUAUUUCUCUUAUUCACUCUUCCGUUGUACGUUUCGUGUAUUGUACGCACCGAGCGUAUAUGCGUGUAUGUGCGUGUAUGUGCGUGUAUUCAAUAUCGAUAUCGAUAUUGAAUAGAGAGAGAGAGAGAGAGAGAGACAAAUCCCGACCUCAAUGAUAUCUCAAUGAUAUCUCGUUGAAGCCAUUCCCACGCUGCAAUCAAUUCUGCUCUCUUCUACCGGUAUCAGUAUCCGAAUUCACGCAUCCCAUUUCAUCUACGCGCAUGAUACGUACUGCAGCGUCAUCUGUCAUCUAGCAUCUAUCAUCUACCAUCUGUGGAUCACCCACCUAAAUUCCCCGAAAAAUCGCCUCUCACAACCAAAGCUCAUCAACAUGCAUGUUGGAUGGAAUGGAGUAACGGCAAUAUUAUCUACCAUCUGCUAUCUACUAUCUACUAUCUACUAUCUAGCAUCUUCCAUUGUCCACAAAUGCAACGCUAUCUGCAAAUGCUUACCAUCGCCGACGAUAUUCCAUGACAAAAUCUAUGUGAGAGACGUUCCAUCGGCUUUCACUCACAUACCAGAUGGAGAAGUUCCUCAGGCGAGGUGAGGUGUCGGUGAGUAAUUGAGUGUGUGUUUGCGUGAUUUAUCUAUGAUAAGGUAUCUCGGAAUCUUCUUCACAAACAUCCAUCUUUUUCUUCUUCUUCUGCGGGAUCUGUAUAAUUUUGGGUAAUACAUAGUUCCAUGUAUUGUCUGGUCAUUUUCCUUCACUCUUCACGCUGCAAUGAUCCGUCCAUAGAUAUAUAGCCCAAGGAAUCAACGGUACACAACUUUACCUGCCACGCAGAAGCAAAAAAAAAAAAAAAAAAAAAAAAAAAAAAUAUAUAUAAAAUAUAAAAUAUAAAAUGGCUUCAUCCAACCGCUUAGAUGAAGAAACGCCCCUCCUCGCAGAUACUACGAUCUUCCCCUCCCAAUCACCGCCCUCGGAGUCUGCAGUCCAAGAUCCUUCCACAUCUGAAGCAACAAUUAUCCCCAACGAGCCAAGCACCAAACGUUUAGUGGUAACUCUCGGAGCAAUCUGGGUGGGUGUCUUCCUCGGCGCUCUAGAUUCAACCAUCAUCGCUACCCUUUCCGCCAGCAUCUCCACAUCUUUCAAUUCCCUCUCUCUUCUUUCCUGGCUCGCCUCGGCAUAUCUCAUCGCAAAUGCAGCCUGUCAACCGCUUUCUGGUCGUCUCACAGAUAUCUUCAGUCGGAGAACUGGAUUGGUUGUAAGCAAUGUACUGUUUGCGGUGGGAAAUUUGAUCUGCGGAUUGGCGGAAAACGAAUGGGUGAUGAUAUUUGGGAGAGUGGUGGCAGGAUGUGGAGGGGGUGGGUUGAUGGCGAUAAGUACUUUUGUCGGAAGUGAUUUGGUUCCGCUGAGGAAGAGAGGUGUGGUGCAGGGAAUUGGAAAUAUAUGUUAUGGCUUAGGAGCGGGCUUGGGAGGGAUCUUUGGAGGCUGGGUCAAUGAUACUUGGGGAUGGAGAAUGGCUUUUUUGGCUCAAGUUCCUUUUAUCAUCGUUUCGGGAAUUUUGGUCGCUUGUCUAGUGAAUAUUCCUUCCAAGGAGAGCAAGAAGUCGAAGUUAUCGAGAGUGGAUUUUAUGGGUUCUUUCGCGCUGGUUCUUACACUUGUCCUUCUUCUCCUGGGACUCAAUUCUGGUGGUAACAUUGUACCUUGGAAUCAUCCCCUUGUCUAUGUCUCGCUCCCUCUUUCUCUCGUUUCUCUUCUUGGAUUUAUAUACAUCGAACUGUAUAUCGCCUCGGAACCUGUGAUCCCAGUUCGCCUCCUCACAGAUCGUACCGUUUUCGCCGCUUGUCUUACAAAUUGGUUCGUCACAAUGGUCGUCUUCAUGAUUAUCUUCUACGUUCCUUUAUAUUAUCAAGUUCGCGGUGAAUCCACCACUGCCUCUGGUCUGCGUCUUAUUCCUCAAUCAAUUGGAGCUUCUAUCGGAUCUCUUGGUUCCGGAAUCAUCAUGAAUCGAACUGGAAAAUACAAAUCAAUUAGUUUGAUAACACUUGCAAUGCUCGUCAUUGGAACCGGUCUUUUAGCAACCCUCGAUUCAAACAGUCCAGAUUGGCCAAUCUAUAUCUAUCUCGCUUUAACAGGAAUUGGCUACGGUGCAACUCUCACAACUACACUUCUAGCUAUUAUUUCAGCAGUCUCGCAUGAUCAUCACUCGGUCAUUACAUCAGCUUCCUAUGCAUUCCGUUCCACAGGCUCGACAAUAGGGAUCACGAUUGCAAGCGCAGUGUAUCAAAAUAUACUCAAAUCAGAUCUGUGGGAGAAAUUCGGCGAUAGACCAGAUGCGGAAGAGAUUAUUGGGAGGAUCAGAGAUUCUUUUGAAGAAUUGAAUAAACUUCCCGACGGGUGGAGAGAUGGUGUGAUGGAAAGUUUUAUGGAUGCUUUUAGGGGGGUGUUCUUGACGGCCCUGGGUUUUGCGGUCCUCAUGGCGGGGGUGGGGAGUAUGAUGAAACAAAAUGUUUUACACGACAGAUUGGAUAGGAGUUAGGAGGGUUUUAAACGGGGGAAAGAGUAGAUGUGCGGUCUUUUUGGAUCGUCAGAUUGUUUUGGAUAUGAAGAAGUGAGAUUCUACGGAAGGGGAGAGGUCAUUUGGAUCGAUCAAUGUUGGUCUCAUCUUUGGUAUGAAAUCUAUCUUGAAUGAGUUGUGGAUAUUGAAGAGGCUUUGAAAUUGUAGUGUGUGGAGUUCAAACGACAUGAGAACUCGAGAAAUUGUAUAUUUGUAUUGAGGUUCAGAGUGCGGGCGACUCGAUCGCUCGAGUUUUAGAAUGCUAUUAUAGGAGGAAAGAUGUUUAUGUAUAUAUUUAUCUAGAUGAGUUUAUGCGGUGGGAUAGAAAUGACUAGAGAAUUCUAGGGGUAUGUAGUUGGAUGAAUUAUGAAUUUUAUAUUAUUGGA